ACGCCGAGGAGCGACUAGAGAGAAGGGCUAUUUUGCAAAAAGGGGAAAAUAGUUAGGGUGUGAGAGGAAAAAAAACAGCGAAGAGGGAGCUCGGGAUCGAAACCCUAGGCGCGGUCGUCGGCGGCGCCGGAGUCCGUACAUCGGGAGCCUGCCUCAUGUCUGAGAGCGAGAUCCGGUGAGAGGGCGCCCUCUGCACCAUCAACAGCGAGGAGUCCAGCAUCGGUCUCAGGAACCAACGUUCGCUCAUUUGGAACUGAAGGUCGUAAGAAGGAUGGCCAACAGAUUCCUCUCAGUGGCAAGAUAUAUGAGAACAUACUCUUUCGAGGAAGUGAUUUAAAGGUGAACACUACCAGCAUGAUGACUCAGACCCUGCAAGGGAAAGUUAUGGCCUCCAAUAUGCCGGGCAGCUUUUCUAUUCGGCAACAGAUGUCACCGAGUGAUUUUGAAAUGCUUCAGCCGGAUAACAUGGAUCAGUCUACCUCUCCGAUUCGCAGCAUUAUCAUUCAAAAAAUUGCAACUAGCCUGAAAAAGAGGGAACAAUUUGCUAAAGUCAGUCCAGAUUACCUUCUGAAAGUUUCAAGAAAUAUUGACGAAGUACUCUACAGAAGUGCUCCAAAGGUUAAUUACAUGGAUCUCAACACUCUAGAAGUUAGGGUGAAUUCUUUGCUCAGUUCUGUAUCGAAUAGAAACCGCAGAGGUUCGGGGAUAUCUUCAGCAGCUUCAUCGACAAAGAAUUUACAGCAGCUGCCUGGAAUACAGAUGGCAGACUCUAGUGUAUAUCAUGAUAUAGUUGCCCCUGCAUUUGCUAAUUUGCCUGCAUGUGCAAGAGAUGUGCCUACACAUACUAUAUUUACUUCUCAGAGAUAUGUACCACAUAAUUGCAAUGUGGCAGCUGCUAAUUUUCCUCAGCUUGAAAGCUUUAGGAGCACCAUAGUUGCUCCAUGUGUGCCAGCACUUCCAAAAUGUAGUUCAGGCCUUGGUGAGAUUGCCAGUGCUGGAUUGCCAAAUGGCCAUGUAAAGGACCAUUGUCCAGGUGAUGCUCAUCCUGAUGAUAGUCCAAUAUCAUCUAUGUCUGGGAGUUCCAGCCCUUUAUCAGCCGUGUUUGAUCCAACCACAAGUUCCAGUGCAAUGAUAAGACCGUCAGUUGACUCUGUCUCUAAAUCAACCGGACAAAAACUUUCUGCAGGUUCUGAUGUAUAUUCCACCAAUGAAGGACAAUCAUUUCAACAAUACAGAGAAUAUGAGAAAGAGUUAGAUGGUGCAUGGAGCCUGCCAGUAGAGCAGUCAAUCCCAUCAAAUAACACAACCGAAAGACAUGAAAUAUAUCUCAAAGAAGAAUGCCAUCUUGACAGAUGCAUGGAAAUGGAAGAAAAAUAUUGGCGCGCGUCGGACUGUGAGGAUUUGUGCAGGGACAAAUACUCAAAUUUAAGCAGCCCCUGUGCCCAGCACCAGUGUUUCAUGACAGAAUGUGAUCCUUGUGACCCUGAGAGAGAAAGAGUUGAGAGAUCUGAGCAGACAUCAAAUAGCACAAUAUCAAAGCCAACUUCUACUGUUUCAGAUGAAUCUUAUGGCAAGCGUCCAGCAAAACGCCUGAAGGCUGAUGUCCCCAGUCUUGCCAAUGAGAAUCAAGCAGAGACCGCAAAGGAGCAAAAGCCUGUUGUGAAGGAGAAUCAUGGAUGUGGUGAAACAGUACAAUCAGAAAUCACUGAAUUACCAAACAAGUCACCUCACAGUUCCUUGGGUGACAUUAAUACCGACACUGAUAAUACGCUAGAGCAGGUUAGUGAAGAUGUACAUAACAUGGAGAUUGUUGCAGAAGAAGGAUUGUACUGUGUAAAGGGUGACAUUGAGAUGAAAGAAUCUAAGACUGUUGCAUUGGAUCAGACAGUGAGUGGGGUCAAUGUAACUUCGAGGAGAAAACGAGGGGCUUCUAUACUUUAUGCAUUAACUGCUGAGGAGCUUAGAGAUCACAUGAGUAGUCUAAUAAACCAGCAUACUUGUCUGAGCAAGGUGACAUCUCAAGAAAUCCAAGUAAUUGAAGGCUUGCCUGAUCAGAAUACAUGCAGUUUGUGUGGGAUGGAGAGGCUUCUUUUUGAACCACCUCCAAGAUUUUGCGCUCUCUGUUUCAAAAUAAUAAAUUCUACAGGGUGCUAUUAUGCUGAAGUUGAAAAUGAAAAGGAUAAAACUUCUAUUUGUAGCAAAUGCCACCAUCUAAGCAGUUCCAGAGCUAAAUAUGUGAAGAAAUACAAUUAUGCUGAAACAGAUGCUGAGGCUGAAUGGUGGGUCCAGUGUGACAAGUGCAAAGCUUGGCAGCAUGAAAUCUGUGCUCUUUUUAACAGAAAAUGUGAAGGGGCGAAGGAUGAAUAUACUUGUGCAAAAUGUUUUUUGAAGGAAAAAGAUAGUGGAGACAUUCAUGCACUGGAGUCAUCUACUGUUCUCGGAGCACGGGAGUUACCAAGGACUAAACUAAGUGAUCAUAUUGAGCAAAGGCUUUCUGAGAGACUUGAGCAGGACAGGCAACAGAGGGCAAGGGCCUCAGGAAAAGGUGCUGAAGAGGUACCACGAGUUGAAGGUCUUACAGUUAGAGUAGUAUCUUCAGCUGACAGAGUACUGCAAGUCCAACCACGUUUUCAUGAAUUUUUUAAACAAGAAGAGUAUCCUGGGGAAUUUCCAUACAAAUCAAAGGCAAUUCUCUUGUUUCAAAAGAUUGAAGGUGUGGAUGUUUGCCUGUUCGCCAUGUAUGUACAGGAGUACGGUUCAGAUUGCCCAUCACCAAAUCAAAGGCAUGUUUAUCUUGCAUAUAUUGAUUCUGUCAAGUACUUCAGGCCUGAAAUCAAAUCUGCAAGUGGGGAAGCUCUCCGUACCUUUGUGUAUCAUGAAAUUUUGAUUGGUUAUCUGGACUACUGUAAGAAACGAGGAUUCGUAAGUUGUUCCAUAUGGACUUGCCCAUCUACGAAGCGUGAUGAUUAUGUUUUAUAUUGUCAUCCAACAGUACAAAAGAUGCCCAAGUCGGACAAGCUUCGAAGCUGGUAUCAAAACUUGAUCAAGAAGGCUGUUAAGGAGGGUGUAGUUGUGGAGCGCAAUACACUCUCUGACUUUUUCCUUCAGCCUACCAAUGAAUGCAAGGCCAAUAUCUCAGCAGCAUGCUUGCCAUACUGUGAGAAUGACUUCUGGCCUGGAGAAGCAGAGAGGCUCCUUGAGAAGAAAAAUGAUAAAACCUCACAGAAGAAAGAGACACAAGUAGGAAGGCUCUUACGUGUUGCCAAACGUGACGAAAGAAAAGGAAACCUUGAGGAUAUAUUACUUGUGCACAAGCUUGGAGAAAGGAUGCGCACCAUGAAAGAAGACUUCAUUAUGCUUUGUCUGCAGCAGUUUUGCAAACACUGUCACCAACCUAUUGUAUCUGGCAGAAGUUGGGUUUGCACCAGCUGUAAAAAUUUCCAUCUUUGUGACAAGUGUCAUGCAGAGGAGCAGAAUACAGCACAGAAGGACAGGCAUCCAGCCACAACAAAACAGAAGCAUGCGUUUCAAAGGAUAGAGGUAGAACCUCUUCCGGAGACUGACGAUGGAGAUCCAACAAUGGAAAGCAAGUAUUUUGACAGCAGAAUAGAUUUCUUGAAGCACUGUCAAGAUAAUCAAUUCCAAUUUGAUACCCUCCGGCGGGCAAAACAUUCUACAAUGAUGAUUCUUUAUUAUCUACAUAAUUCAACUUGUUCUGCUUGCCAUCGUGCUGUGGAUCAAUGCUUGGUGUGGCGGUGCCUAGAGUGCCUAGGCUGCACCUUUUGUGAUCCAUGCUACAAACAAAAUGGUGAAAAUUUGCAUAUUCAUGAAUUAAGACAGAUUGACACUAGCAAAACAAUGCAGAAGAAUACUAUACAGCAGGACUACAUCAAAUGCCUCGUGCAUGCAUCGAGAUGCUUCGAUCCUUGUAACUGCACUCUUCAAGUUUGUUUAACCUUGAAGAAAUUGUUCUUCCAUGGUGUACGAUGUGAUAUCCGCGCCCGCAAUCAGGGAGGUUGCAAUAAGUGUGUCUUCAUGUGGAAACUUCUGCUAUACCACUCAAAACAUUGCAAUGACGAAGACUGUAAGGUUCCCAGAUGCAGGGAUAUAAAAGCAUAUGUGGCUGAGAAGGUGAAGCUUGCUGGUCCUGUGUUGUAGCAGGCCAGUGGAUCAGAAGCCGGCUUCUUGUAUACACUGUAUUGGAUGUUUUCCCCUCCUUAACCAGUAAAAUUUUGUUGAUGAAAGUGCAAUAAACUGCGGUUGGCCAUCGCUGAUGGAUGGAACUGCGAGGUAAAUAAAGUGGUGACCUUGUGCUGCUGGUGAGGCGGCUUUAUCGGAAUUAUUUGUUCCGCUGGUUUUCCUGGCAUUGGCAGAAGAAAGACAAGGCCAGUAUGCUGAACUUCUACAAUUGUCGCGGCCUAUGAGCAUGGCCUGAUGUAUGACUAAUUACUGUCAUUGAGGGAAUUACCGACGGGAGCUCACAUAGGCAACCUGACAUUUGUUUUAGUGUCCAUACAUAUAAUGUACAUAUAGUCAGUCUGUCCCCUUGCAACUCAACAACUCAUAGGUGGAUCAACAUGAUAGAUGGUUCCGUUUUCUUCAUUGCCUUUCAGUUUUGUUCCAGAUUGUAUUGAACAAGGCCACAUGUUUGUUCGGUGUUGCUGUGCUGUGGCGACCAAUCCAAAUUCAUUGAAUGAAUGAAUGUGCAUAUUUACAUCUCA